GGCCAUUGGCCCUUACUGCUUAUUCACCGUGGCGACGUCUCUGGUACGCGACCUUCUCGCCAGUGAUGUCACCGACAUGAGCAUCCUUCAUGGCGACACCAAUGCCCUUACGGUCCUCGUGAUUGCCUCCGUUUGGCUCUUUGGCUACCGGCCCUCUAAGCCAGCCAGGCUGCUGAUUUGGAUGUUUUUAGCCGCCUGGUACACAUACCGCCUGAUCGACGAACUCUAUUCAUCAGAGGGGUUCCUGUACGAAGACAUCUGGCUCAACCACAUGAUCUUUGUGACCAUGAUCUCGUGUCUUGCCAAUGCACUGAAGCACACCUUUCUUCUUUCAGAGCCCGAAGUUGAUGAGCCGACAUUGAAAUUGUUGAAG